UUUACACUUGAAUUGUAUGCAGAUGCAGUGAGAUGCGAGAUCUGUCGGGAGCACAAGAGAGCAUCCCUGAUUUGGUUCCCGGAGGGCGGGUGAAUGGCAGAGUGGCUUUCAAGUGGAAAAGCGGGAGGCAAGCCAACACGGGAGGGCAAGGUUAUCGCGCUGCUGCAGAUGAAGGUCCAGCCCCAAUCCGAAUUGCUGAGGACAUCUGGCAAGCUCGAAGCGCUGACAAAGGGCCUGACAUGGUGCAGUCACAAAAGUCUACCAAUGAGAGCUAUGGUGGAGGGGCGAUGGUGGAACUCACAGGGUUGCAAAGCACACAGGACUUGAAUGGCCGCAUAGGCAUCAUUCGAGACUUUGAUCCAUCAACAACCAGAUACACCGUAGAACUCAUCGAGGAGGAUGGCAGCACUAGAAACGUGCUAGUAAGGCAAGCAAACAUUGACUUGCUUUGUCCUCCUGAAGAAUCACAAGAUCUGCCCAAAGAGGCACAAGCGCAAGCAUCUCCUGCGCAGAAACCGCAGGCAAAGCAGACAACCAAAUCUGAACCUGUUCGUGCUGCCCCAGUGGCUGAAGAACCCAGCCAAACUGCAGCAUCCCUGGCCUCGGAGCUGGCAAAUGCCGUCGAAAGUUGCAACCUUUUUCAGGUGCAAGCAUUGCUUCGAGAUAGAGCUGAUCCCAAUGGACGGUCGCGUGCAGAUGUGCCACUAUUGAUGGAAGCAGCUUCUGCAACCAGAGGAUCUGGCCACCUUGACUUGCUUGCAUUGCUGUUGGGAUGGAGGGCCGAUCCAGAAACUCUCCUGAACCGAGAGCGCAGACACAAGGGCACCCGAGCUGCUUUUUCUUCGGAGGCAGUGGCCCUUUGCCAGAUCUUUCAGAAGAAGGAUGCCGAGAGUGAUGAGGAACGUGCUGUUCUUUCCACACUCGAACCUGGAGCUCUUGCCCAGGCCAGGCGGCAACUGAAGCUGCCGGGUCCUUUUGCGAUGGGAGGGACGUCUCCAGCCAGUUGCCUUCAAGCCCAGCAUGAUGGGCUAGAGGUUCACUGUGAGGAGAUGGAGGCCACAUCAGCGCACAGACUCUGGCUCUAUUCCCUGGAUCGAUUGCGGCCGGUUCUUCUAAUGCGGCCAUCAGGAUGCCAGCCAACAGCGUUGAUGGUUUUUCUCCACGGGCUAUUCCAGUCAGCGCAGAUGCUGGAAUGCAUGGUCAGAGAUCUUUCUUCUUCAUUGCCUCAUGUGCUUUUUGUGAUGCCAACAGCGCCAACCCGCGAUGCUUGGGGCGUUGGACCUGCCUGGUUUGACCACACCCGGUCGGCCAAAAAAGCCGAGUCAUUGGAGGCUUGCCGCACCGAGCUGUUGGCUCUGUUGAGUUCUCAAGGUCAGGAGUGGGGCAUCCCUCCUGAGCGUGUGGUGCUCGCGGGGUUCUCUAUGGGAGGGACAGUGGCAGCAUGGACGGCUCUUCAGGUUCCUCGAUGCCUUGCCGGCUUGCUGCUAUUUGGCACUGAAGGUCUCAGCUUCACAGGUGGAUGGGCAUCGCCCAAAACCCUUUGUGGCUCUGGAUCAGAAUGGGCAACUGGAGCGGAUGGUUUGCAGGUCCUUCAAUGUCAUGGGCGAGAGGACACUUUGUGCCCGCUUGGAUUUGCGACUACUUGCACAGAUGAGCUUCGAAAGCUUGGUUGUAGUGUCCGAUCGCUAGCUUUCCGUGGUGUUGGACAUGCAUUAUCCUUUGACAUGCUGGAGGAGGCCAAACUUUGGCUUCAACAAAGAAUACCAUAAUUGUAAUAUCAAAUCAAAGAA